AUGAAAUUGACCGAUUCGUUUUAUUACGAAGAAACACGUGGCCAGUGUGGCCGUAAGCUUUUGCGCGAAAUUGGCGAGCAGCGUCGAACAAAAAUUCGUUUAUAUGCAUAUGAAAGUUGGCCUAAACCAGCACUUACUUCACAUUGGACAAUUAAAACAGUCUGGUGGUCGAAAACUCGAUGCCAUAUUAUCGAACAACUUGGUCAUCGAACGAGUGUUACAAAAGGUCAUAUGAAAUGUUUGGGCAAUGGUCGUUUGGAAAUAACCGGACAGUUUCAACGUCGAAUCGAUUCUUGUUUUCGUCUCGUCCUUUCUUCACAAGUCACAGAUGAUGAUGUAUCUGAUCGUUAUAUCCUAUCAGGAGAUCUGGAGCUCGGUGAUACAAAAGAUACAAUGCAACAAAGUCAUUUUGCUGUAGUAAAAUUCGAACAGAAAGUACCGCCGGAACACAAUCAUACAAUUAAUGAUUAUUAUAUGAAAGCAAAACGUCUAUUACUACUUGGUUGUGUUUAG